UGUAAUAAUUUCUAUUGCAAAACAAAUUAAAAUUGAAAAUGGUGUGUUUAAAGCUUCAGAAAAGGCUGGCUGCAAGUCUUCUCAAGUGUGGUAAGGGGAAAGUGUGGCUUGAUCCUAGUGAGGCCAGUCACAUCUCCUUAUCCAUUUCUAGAAUGGACAUAAGAAAGCUGGUAAAGGAUGGAUUGAUAGUGAAAAAGCCUAGCACUGUCCACUCAAGAUCAAGAACAAAGCAAGCCCAUGAAGCAAAGAGAAAAGGGAGGCAUUCAGGAUAUGGGAAGAGGAAGGGGACAAAAGAAGCAAGGCUUCCAUCAAAGGUUUUGUGGGUGAGGAGAAUGAGAGUGCUUAGGAAAUUGCUUUUCAAGUACAGGGAGCUCCAAAAGAUUGAUAAGCACUUGCACCAUAAGCUCUACUUGGAGGUCAAGGGAAGUGCUUUUAAGAACAAAAGGGUGCUUUUGGAGAAUAUUCAUAAGUUAAAGAGUGAAAAUGUAAGAGAGAAAGAGCUUUUUCAUAGUCAGUUUAUGACAAAGAAAACUCAAUAAAUUUAGUUUGUAAAAUGCAAUCCAACCUAAUUAUGGAUUAGACCAAAUUCAAUACUGAAAUAAGCAAAAAGACUCAAAUCAACCUUAUUCAACUUUAAUUAGUUUCCACACAAUACUCUUAUUAAGUUCCUAGUACAAAAUUGCAAAGAGUUUAAAAUAACUAGAGGAAGCAGAAUUCAGGUGAGAAACAACAAAUUGAAAUAAGCAAAAAAAACUUACAAAUAAUAUAAAGGAUUAAAUACGUGAAGAUUUGUCAUCAAA